UGUAGCAUAAUCAGUGUAUUAGUGCCUUCAUUAAUUAGCCGUUAUACAACCAUCGGUUGUAUUACUUAUGUGUGUAACUUCGCAGGAAAACAAGUACAUCUCGGAAGUACGUGUAUUAAUAUCUGCUUCGUGUUCACAUUGUGCUAGACUCCUCCCAUGUGAAUGAAGCAGGCUGGAUGUGUGUGUGUGUGUGUGUGUGUGUGUGUGUGUGUGUGUGUGUGUGUGUGUGUGUGUGUGUGUGUGUGUGUGUGUGUGUGUGUGCGCUUUACUCAGAGCUCAAAUGCGCGUUUGGAGAGAUGAUGUCUGUCCAUAAGCGCGGCUGCUUGUCCGUGGGCAGUAGAUUAUAACAGACACGCAGCUUCGUCCAAAGAAGCAGUAGCCACAGCAUCACGCAGCUCUUUUGGGGUUUUUUUGUAGAGCUUUUACUGCUUGCUUAGGAUGGGAUGUGCGAUCUCAGGGCUGGGUUUAACACCCAGGAAAACGAGCGAAGACGCACAGGAUCUCAGCAGCGAGCAGAUCGACAUGAUCAAGGAGUCGUGGAAAGUUAUUCAAGAGGACAUUGCCAAAGUUGGGAUAAUCGUUUUUGUCAGGUUGUUCGAGACUCACCCGGAGUGCAAAGAUGUCUUCUUCUUGUUCCGUGAUGUGGAGGACUUGGAAAGGUUGCGCACUAGCAAGGAGCUUCGAGCCCAUGGUCUCCGAGUGAUGUCUUUCAUUGAGAAGAGUGUGGCCAGGCUCGAUCAGUUAGAGCGGUUGGACUCGCUAGCUAUUGAGCUCGGCAGAAGCCACUACCGCUACUCAGCACCUCCUAAAUACUAUGGGUACGUAGGAUCAGAGUUCAUCUGCGCAGUUCAGCCAAUUCUGCAGGAUAAAUGGACCCCUGAACUGGAGAAGGCAUGGAGGACUCUGUUCCAGUACGUGACUCGGCUGAUGCGUCAGGGUUAUACGGAGGAGGAAGAGGAAGCCAAACGAAGCAACACGGUGGGCUCAAGCAGAGAGCGGCCCGACAAGAGGAACACGGCACUUUAAAAGUUCAGCUUUAAACUUGUUUUAUGUUACUUAGUUGUGUACAUAAUGUUGUAAUGUACUGAUUUUCCAUUGAAUAAUGUUUCUUGGAAGAUGUGUCUGAUCUGGUCAGUGAUAUUAACAGCAAAUAAAUGACCCAAAGGUAAAUUAGCCUGACAAAUAAUACAAAGGAAAAAAAAAAAGCAUCAGCCAGUGCUGGACUGGGAUAUUUAUUUAAUUUGAACUCAAAAUAAGUUAACAGCUCAUCUAAACAUUGUGAUGCUUGCUCAUUGCACGGUUUGGGCCAACAACAAUAACUACAUAAACUGUAAACCUAGAAAUCCAUUUUGUUGCCUUGGUUUGUGAUAAAACGCAGAGAAGUGAACAAAAAGUGUCAAGGCACAAAUAUUGAUUGGGACAAAUUAUUUAUGGAAAAUUCUAGUAAUAAACAAAAGUAUCUUGCAGCAUAAAAAUGUAAAUA